AUCACCUCACCACUUUACUUUCCUCAGAUAACAGUUUAUGAUGGAGCCCUCGCCUCUUGAGCGGCCGGCUGAUGCAGUGCGGCGCAUCGCAGCUGAACUCAAAUGUCACCCCACAGAUGAGAGGGUUGCUCUCCGCUUGGACGAGGAAGACAAACUGAGGCAUUUUAGAGACUGUUUUUAUAUCCCCAAAAUGCGGGAUCUGCCUUCAAUUGAUUUAUCUUUAGUGAAUAAGGAUGACAAUGCCAUCUAUUUCUUGGGAAAUUCUCUUGGCCUUCAACCAAAAAUGGUUAAAACAUACCUGGAGGAAGAGCUGGAUAAGUGGGCCAAAAUGGGAGCCUAUGGUCAUGAUGUAGGAAAACGCCCUUGGAUUAUAGGGGAUGAGAGCAUUGUGGGCCUUAUGAAGGACAUUGUGGGAGCCCAUGAGAAAGAAAUAGUUCUAAUGAAUGCUUUGACGGUUAAUUUGCAUCUUCUACUGUUAUCAUUCUUUAAGCCUACACAAAAGCGACACAAAAUUCUUCUAGAAGCCAAGGCCUUCCCUUCUGAUCAUUAUGCUAUUGAGUCACAGAUUCAACUUCAUGGACUUGAUGUUGGGAAAAGUAUGCGGAUGAUAGAGCCAAGAGAGGGGGAAGAGACCUUAAGGAUGGAGGACAUACUUGAAGUAAUCGAGGAGGAAGGAGACUCGAUUGCGGUGAUCCUGUUCAGUGGACUGCAUUUCUACACUGGACAGCUCUUUGACAUGCCUGCCAUAACAAAAGCCGGACAAGCAAAGGGCUGUUUUGUUGGCUUUGACCUAGCACAUGCAGUUGGAAAUGUUGAACUCCACUUACAUGACUGGGGUGUUGACUUUGCCUGCUGGUGUUCCUACAAGUAUUUAAAUUCAGGAGCCGGAGGUCUAGCUGGUGCCUUCGUCCACGAGAAACAUGCUCAUUCAGUGAAGCCUGCGUUAGUGGGAUGGUUUGGCCAUGAACUCAGUACAAGAUUUAAUAUGGAUAAUAAACUGCAAUUAAUCCCAGGGGCCAAUGGAUUCCGAAUUUCCAACCCUCCCAUUCUGUUGGUCUGCUCCUUGCAUGCUAGUUUAGAGGUCUUUCAACAAGCAACUAUGCCAGCGCUGAGGAGAAAAUCCAUUCUGCUGACAGGUUAUCUGGAGUACCUGCUCAAACACUACCACAGUAAAGGCAACACAGGAAACAAGACACCAAUUGUGAACAUAAUAACCCCAUCUAGAGCAGAAGACCGUGGCUGCCAGCUAACACUGACCUUUUCCAUUUCUAGGAAAAGUGUUUUUAAGGAACUAGAAAAGAGAGGCGUCGUUUGUGACAAGCGAGAACCAGACGGCAUCCGCGUGGCCCCCGUUCCUCUCUAUAAUUCUUUUCACGAUGUGUAUAAGUUCACCAGAGUGCUCAUGUCUAUACUUGGCUCUACAGAAACUAGCCAUGCUUUCUAGACUAACUCAAGUAAACCCUGCCGGAAGGUGCUGUAGUUCUCAAUACUACUGAAUAUUAGUCAUUAAAAAGUACUUAAAAACAGAUUGCAAAGAACUGGUAGUAAUUCCAUAAGCUUAGAUAAAACUUGACACAUGUUUUAAUUUCUGUGUUGCUGGGGAAUGUAGUGUCUUGGGGACUGUGGAGUCACAUGACUCCACCCUGUAUAGGUCACUGACUUUAUCAGCUGUCACAUUCCAUGUCACUGAAAGGCGUUCUGCUUA